AUGUCUGAUCUCUUAGCUAUCAACACUAUCCGUCUAUUGGCUGUCGACACCGUGGCCAAGGCUAACUCCGGUCACCCAGGUGCUCCAAUGGGUCUGGCCCCAGCUGCUCACACUUUGUUCAAGCAAAUGCGUUUCAACCCAAGAAACCCAGCAUGGAUCAAUCGUGAUCGUUUCGUCUUGUCCAACGGACAUGCUUGUGCUUUGUUGUACACCAUGCUAUUUUUGUAUGGAUAUGACUACACCAUUGAUGACCUGAAGAGCUUCAGACAGCUCAACUCCAAGACUCCAGGUCAUCCUGAGGCUGAACUACCAGGUGUCGAAGUCACCACUGGUCCCCUGGGUCAAGGUAUUGCCAAUGCCGUUGGUUUGGCAAUUGCUCAAGCUCAGUUGGCUGCCACAUACAACAAGCCAAACUACGAAUUGUUCAGCAACUACACUUACGCUUUCCUAGGUGAUGGAUGUUUGCAGGAGGGUGUUGCUCAAGAAGCCAUUUCUCUUGCCGGCCAUCUCGGAGACGGUUUAAAGCUAAUUGCUUUCUGGGAUGACAAUCAAAUCUCCAUUGAUGGUGAUACCAACGUCUCUUUCACUGAAGACGUACCUGCUAAGUUUAGAGCCCAAGGUUGGGAAGUUCUGAGCGUCAAGGACGGCAACGAUGACCUCGAAGGUAUUGCUGCUGCUUUGGCCAAGGCAAAGACCACCAACAAGCCAACUUUGAUCAGAUUACCAACCAUCAUUGGUUACGGCUCUCUUCAACAAGGUACUCACGGUGUGCACGGUUCUCCACUGAAGCCUGAUGACAUCAAGCAAUUGAAGAAGAAGUUCGGAUUUGAUCCAGAACAAAACUUUGUUGUUCCUAGAGAAGUUACUGAAUCUUACGCCAAACAUGUUGCCGACAACCAGCAAGUUGAGGUCGAAUGGAACAAACUGUUAACAGCUUACACUAAGGAGUAUCCAGAAUUGGGUCAGGAGUUGCACAGAAGAUUGGAUGGCAAACUUCCAGAAAACUGGCAGAAGGCUUUGCCAACAUACACGGUUGAUGACAAGCCUGUUGCCUCAAGAAAGCUGUCCGAAAUAGUUUUGACCAGCAUCGAGAAGGAAUUGCCAGAAUUGGUUGGUGGUUCUGCCGAUUUGACUGGUUCUAACUUGACCAGAUGGCCAGACGCUGUUGACUUCCAGCCAAAAUCCACAGGAUUAGGUGACUUUUCUGGAAGAUACUUCAGAUUUGGUGUCAGAGAGCAUGGUAUGGGAGCCAUCAUUAACGGUAUCUCCGCUUAUGGUGCCAACUUCAAAGCUUACGGUGGUACUUUCCUGAACUUCGUGUCCUACGCCUCCGGAGCCGUUAGAUUGUCCGCUUUGUCUGGACACCCAAUUAUUUGGGUCGCUACACAUGACUCGAUUGGUCUGGGUGAGGAUGGUCCAACUCAUCAGCCUAUCGAGACUCUGGCCCACUUGAGAGCUCUUCCAAACCUCAUGGUGUGGAGACCAGCCGAUGGGAAUGAAACUUCUGCUGCCUACUUGAGGGCUAUUGAGUCUAAGCACACUCCUUCCAUCAUUGCUUUGACUAGACAGAACUUGCCUCAACUAGAACACUCUAGCAUCGAGAAGGCUGCCAAAGGUGGUUACACUGUCUACCCAGUCGAGAACCCUGAUAUCAUUCUGGUUGCCUCUGGAUCUGAAGUUUCUAUUGCUAUUGACGGUGCCAAGAAGUUAGGAACCGAAGGUGUCAAAGCUUCGGUUGUUUCCAUUCCAGACUUCUUCACUUUCGACUCUCAGGCUAGAUCUUACCAAUUAUCAGUCCUUCCAGACGGUGUUCCAAUAAUGUCUGUCGAGGUCAUGUCUACCUUCGGAUGGUCCAAGUACUCUCACGAGCAAUUUGGUAUCAACAGAUUUGGUAUUUCUGGACCAGGCCCUGAGAUUUACAAGUUCUUUGAGUUCACUGCUGAGGGGGUUGCUGACAGGGCUUCUAAAGUCGUCCAAUUCUACAAGGGAAAGGAACUUCUAUCGCCACUUAAUAAGGCUUUUGAGUCUGUUCAUGCGUAG